CCCGCCUCCCGAGUACCGAUAUCUGACUGGCUGUGUUUUCAUCGGCAGUAGGUCACUUGACACGUCAGCUGCCAAAAUGACUGAAGUAUGCUACAUUUAACCCUUCCGUUUGAGAACUUGUUUAUUUUCUUUGGAGAGCCGUGCUGUAUUUUGCGCAGAUCAUGAGUCUGAGUCAGAGGAGUUAUUUGAACAGUCGCUGGUGAGCUGUAGGCCCCUCAGUGAUGCCUCGGACCGUCGUGAGAUCCUGAGCCGACCAGAGCUCAGCUUCACACAGCUGAAGAUACACCAGGAAGAGAGCCUUUACUCCGAGUUUAUGAGCAAUCUGGGGAGAAAGAGAGUGCAUCAUGCUUCCAUCAUCAAGAAGGGAUUAUGUAUCUUUGACUCUGAGCGAAAGCGGCAGCUACACAAACAGCAAGCAGUGGCGGCGGCAGUCAUGCUGGAGGAAAUGGAAACAGCUGUCCAGAUUGCAGCGCAGCUUGAUCCUGUUUACACUGCUGCUGCUUCUGGUUUGUGGUAUAGCCACAUCUCCCACUCUCAUAGAACACUGGAGAGAUGGUGCUGUAUGGGGGAACGGGGACGAUGCUAAACAAACAUUUGUUGUAGACCUGAAAAACGAUUACAGGCCCUAUCUUCCCGAGCUGCCCUCUGAGAAAAAGGGCAGACGUGGACCACCCUCCUUGAAGAACCGUUUGCAAAGCAAAACAAAUGUGUCAGGACCACUGGGAGAAGGAAAUGAUGGACCAGACAUGAAGAAUUUAGAAAAAGGGUCUGAAGGAGGGAAUCCAGUCAUUAGUUGGCAUGGAGCUGUGAUAGAUGAGGAACAGGGGUCUGACACUGACACCAAGGAGAAAGAAAACCAAGAAGACCCAUCUUCAUUAGCACUUGCUGAGAGCAGGCAAGAGGCUGUGAGAGAAGCAUUUAGACAUGCCUGGAAGGGCUACAAAGAUUUUGCCUGGGGACAUGAUGAGCUCAAACCCAUCUCUAAAUCCUUUGGAGAGUGGUUUGGACUUGGGCUAACUCUAAUUGAUGCUCUGGACACUAUGUGGAUCUUGGGUCUAAAAGAGGAGUUUGCAGAGGCCAGGGAAUGGGUGGCCAAAGAACUCUCCUUCAAUAAAAACGUGGAUGUUAAUCUGUUCGAGAGCACCAUUCGUAUCCUGGGUGGCCUGCUGAGCACUUAUCAUCUGACUGGAGACUCUGUGUUCCUGGAUAAAGCUACUGAUAUUGGCUCCAGACUGAUGCCUGCCUUCAAAACGCCCUCUAAAAUCCCUUACUCUGAUGUGAACAUUGGGAAGGGAAUAGCUCAUCCUCCACGGUGGACUUCAGACAGCAGUGUAGCUGAGGUCACCAGCAUUCAGUUGGAGUUCAGAGAGCUCAGUCGGCUCACUGGAGAUCCUAAAUACCAGCUGGCGGUGAUGGAAGUAAUGAAGCAGGUCCAUAAAUUGGAUGGAAAACGAGAUGGAUUAGUACCUAUGUUUAUCAAUACCAAUAAUGGGCAGUUCACCCACCAGGGCAUGUACACGCUGGGGGCCAGAGCUGACAGCUACUAUGAGUACCUACUGAAGCAAUGGAUUCAGGGAGGCAAGAAGGAGAACGAAUUGUUGGAGGACUAUCUGCAGGCUGUGGAAGGGGUGAAGAAGAACCUGCUGAAGAAGUCCACUCCUCUAGGGCUCACAUUUGUAGGAGAGCUAACCAAUGGACACUUCAGUCCCAAGAUGGACCACUUGGUGUGUUUCCUGCCUGGUACACUCGCACUUGGAACACACCAUGGCCUACCUGCUGAUCACAUGGAGCUGGCACAACAGCUGAUGGAGACCUGCUAUCAGAUGUAUGCCCAGAUGGAGACAGGCUUAAGUCCAGAGAUAGCUCACUUCAACAUGCAUGAAGGCAGCACACAGGAUGUAGAUGUAAAGGUUGCAGACAGGCACAACCUGCUGAGGCCAGAGACAGUGGAGAGCCUCGUCUACUUGUACAGGUUUACCAAGGAUAAGAAGUACCAGCAGUGGGGCUGGGAGAUCUUGCAGAACUUCAAUAAAUACACAAGGGUUUCCACUGGAGGUUAUACAUCCAUAAACAACGUUCGUGACCCAGCCUAUCCAAGUCCCAGAGACAAGAUGGAGAGCUUCUUCUUGGGUGAGACACUCAAAUACUUCUAUCUGCUGUUUUCAGAUGACCCCAAUCUUAUCGACCUAGACAAAUAUGUCUUCAACACUGAGGCCCAUCCCCUACCCAUAUGGCCACAAAUGGAGUAAUGGAUCCAUAAGCACACUCACCUAAUCAAGCACACCUCUCUCAGGGCCUUGAACACUCAAAGAUUACUCUAUCCUUUGAUAUCUAAACUGCCAUCUUUUUUUCUCCACUAGGAACAAGCCUCUUUUCAUAUUUGAAAUUAUCUUGUGAAAUGAUUGUAAGAGCCAUAAUAAAAUCAUUUGUAGAAAGACUUUUACUAUAUGUAUAUAUUUGUUUUUGUAAAGGGAGAGGUCAUCCUUAAAUGAACAUUGUCAUAAUUUACUUUAAUGUUGGUCGAAACCUGGAUUACUUUAUUACUUUCGUGAAACAUAAGAGAUGAUGAGAGAAGAAUGUUAACCUCAAUCACCAUUCUUGGUCAUUGGAUCUUUUUCCAUACAAUGGAAUGAAUGGUGACUAAGGCUAACAUCCUGACUAACAUCUAUUUUUUGUUCCACAGAGUAAAGUCAUAUUGUAUUGAAACAAUAUGCAGGUGAGAAACCGACAGAAUUGUCCUUUUUAGAAUCAUAAAACCUUAACUAUAAAAAAAAAUUCAGUGACCGAUAAACACAGCAUCAACUAUGUUGCUUGAAUCACAUAGUCUGAUUAUAAGGCACAGAUCUGCAGGUAAUGUGGUUAGUAUGCAGUGGUGAUCUCUGCAUGAGAAGUGCAAAUGAUGCUUUUGCUCAGCUGGGCUGCUAAAUUCACCCACUGAAUCAGUGUGUGUAGUUUGCAGUCUCUUAGCCCAAACACACAGACAAAAAACACUUAAAUACUGUGAAACCUAUGGGGACUGCAAGCACUUUAUGGUGUGUUUUUAGAAUUUUAAUUUGUAUGUAUUUUUUAAAUUAAAGAACUGUUGCUGUUUUGUCAUGGUGUUUGGGAGGGGCGUUUACAGGGUCUUACAUCAUCAUCAUUAUCAUCAUGUUUUUUGCUUUGUAAUUUUUUUUCUAUGCAUCAUUAUUCCCUCGAGUUUAACUUGUUUUCCAGAACAUAUGAGCAUUUAGCACAUGUAGUUACCAGACUGCAUUUCAAAUUUACAUAUGUUUAUAAUUUUAACCAAAUCAGGGGAAGAGGAAAAUAUCUAUUCUAUAUUUGUAAAUCAUAGGUGUUUUAUUAUUUUGACUUUCACUCAUUUGUUUUGAGCCUAAAACUUCAAACCUGCUGUGAAGGAUUUUACUGUCAAUCCUGUGAAUAGAGAAAAUGUAAUUUUUUUUUUUUUUUUUUUUUUCAGUUGUUUGUUAGGGUUUCUAUUUCAUUCUAUUCCCUAUAUACAUAGCAAAUAUCUACAAUUGAUCUUAAUGUUUUCUAGUGGGUGUUUGUUUGAAUCCGGUAUAAUUAUCCCAGGUUUUUUUAGUUUGAUCAAGUGCUAUUUGAAUAUUUUUUUUAUGUGACAGAACUUUAAAUACUUAAAUGGAGCAUUAAUCAAGCACAAUGUUAUUUAAAUAUCUAGAGUCAAGGUUAUGACUGAUGUUCUUAUCUCACUCUUUCAGGGGAGCCUAUAUCAGAUGUGAUUGUCAGUAAUAUUUUUGUAUGAUCUUACAAUAUAUGUAAAUGAAAAACUGUUUCGUACUUGGAUUUUAUAUUAAUACUGCAGUUUUAUUUUCUAUUUGAUACUAGGUUUGGUGGAACUUGAUUCAACAAAUUUCCAAAUGUUUUCUCAUGGGAUUAAAGGUGGAAUGUUGAAGUUAUUGAUUCUUUUCUUAUCGUGGGUCAGUUUAUGUGGGUCUGAUAAAGGCUUUGUUGUGCUAGAAUGUCUUAAGGUUACUGAUAGCAGGUGAAGCAACUAUUUUUGUUUUAAACUGUCAAAGAAUGCGUAUUAUGUAUAAAGCUCACGGAUGUAGUAAAUGCAUUGUAUUUGACUAGCAGUUUGGAAGUUAGAUAUCACUGUGUAAAAUAUUUUGCUCAUUUUAACCAACCAGUUUUUUGUAUGCAGUUUGUAAUACAGCCUUCGCUGGUGUUCAAAAAGGGCUGAACAUUGACUGGUUUCUCUGUGUCAUGCUGUGGUGAUGUGUUCUGUUCCAUGUGUGCCUUUGAAUAUACAGAGCAAUGACAUGAAAAGUAUAUUUUCAAAAUUGAGAAUCAAGUUAUCAAAAUCGACCGAUUUUAGUCAUUUCAUGCCUGUUGUGACAAUAUUUGUUGUUUUGCUUUUUGUGAAUAAAUGCUUUUGUGAUUAUUUAUAAUACAGUCUAAUGGUUAAAUUAACUUAUAUUUGUUCUCAGUGUACCAUUUCUUGCCAUCUUUUCUCUGAUUCUGUGAGAAAUUGAAGACUGCAUUGAGCUUGCAUAUCUCAAAAGUUUUUAAAUGAAGGGCUUUACAUGACUCGUUGGGUAAAUAAUCUGCCUCAUGCAUUGACAAAUCAACAUGAUUCUAAAUUACUCCUACACCAAAGAUGUGCCAAGAAUUUCAAGAAAUUGUCUGAAAUUAGUUCAACAACCCUAAGGCACAUAAUAUGUGUGGUACAGCUGUGCAAAUUAUUCUUAAUGAAGGGUUUUAGCACCCCAACUCAAUUUGAUAAUCUGUAAGUAUCGUUUUUUUUAAGGAAUGAACUUGGGUAUCAGUAUAUAGUGAUUUUUCUUUUCCUUUGUAGCCUAUCCUUUCAAUAAAUUCAUACUUCCUUGGGAUCUUUUAAUGUUCAUGUAUUUUCUGUGCAAAAUGUAUUUAUUCAAUAUUGUUAAGUUUACAAAGGUUAAAAUAAAUUGUAA